GCCUCCGCCUCCCGCCUUGCGGAUCCGGCGUCCGGGACGCGAGCCCGCUGACAUUGUCUCCUUCGCACCACGGUUGCAGCACUCACCUCGCAGCUCCUGCUCCCGACGGUGUACAAUGGCAACCCUGAAGGAAAAACUCAUCGCGCCAGUGGCAGGGGCGGAGGCAACGGUCCCCAACAAUAAGAUCACUGUAGUGGGUGUUGGACAAGUCGGAAUGGCAUGUGCUAUUAGCAUUCUGGGAAAGUCCCUCGCUGAUGAGCUUGCCCUUGUGGAUGUGUUGGAAGAUAAACUCAAAGGAGAGAUGAUGGAUCUGCAGCAUGGGAGCCUGUUUCUUCAGACACCUAAAAUUGUGGCAGAUAAAGACUAUUCUGUGACUGCCAAUUCUAAGAUCGUCGUGGUGACCGCGGGCGUCCGUCAGCAAGAGGGGGAGAGUCGUCUCAACCUGGUGCAGAGAAACGUGAAUGUCUUCAAGUUCAUUAUUCCCCAGAUUGUCAAGUACAGUCCUGACUGCAUCAUAAUUGUGGUUUCCAACCCAGUGGACAUUCUCACAUAUGUAACCUGGAAACUAAGUGGACUGCCCAAGCACCGUGUGAUUGGAAGUGGGUGUAACCUGGAUUCGGCUAGAUUUCGCUAUCUCAUGGCUGAGAAACUUGGCAUUCAUCCCACCAGCUGCCAUGGAUGGAUUCUGGGAGAACACGGCGACUCAAGUGUGGCUGUCUGGAGUGGUGUGAAUGUGGCAGGUGUUUCUCUUCAGGAACUGAACCCAGCGAUGGGAACAGACAAUGACAGUGAAAACUGGAAGGAGGUACACAAGAUGGUGGUGGAAAGUGCCUAUGAAGUCAUCAAGCUGAAAGGAUAUACCAACUGGGCUAUUGGAUUAAGUGUGGCUGAUCUCAUUGAGUCCAUGCUGAAAAAUCUCUCCAGGAUUCACCCAGUGUCAACCAUGGUGAAGGGCAUGUACGGCAUCGAGAAUGAGGUCUUCCUGAGCCUUCCAUGCAUACUCAACGCCCGGGGACUGACCAGUGUCAUCAACCAGAAGCUAAAGGACGAUGAGGUCGCACAGCUCAAGAAGAGUGCAGACACCCUGUGGGACAUCCAGAAGGACCUGAAGGACCUGUGACUCCCGAGGCCUAGGCUGUAGAAACACCCGUGGCGUGAUUAGCCCUGAGCCCAUAAUUUCCUCCAGGUACAUGGAGCACAGUUUGCUUCUCUCUUCCUUCAUAUAGCUGAAUUUCGGGCUCAGACUCAAAGUGUAGCCUGGUUUAAUGCUUGCAAAAUGAGCUCUUGAACAAAUAAAAUUAACUAUUGUAGUGUG